CUCGGAUUGAACAAACUUGCACUUGGCAUCCCGAUCCGAUCGUCAACCCGUCGCAGUCGUUGGCAAGGAUGCCUUCUGAAGACUACGGCCUAGCCGGCGGCGGUGCCCUAAAAUUAAAAGGGGCCAAAGUGGGCAAAAAGAAGAAGAAGUCCAAGGUCAAUGCUGACGUCCACAAGAGCCUGUCAACAGAGAGCCAAAGCGGAAAGGCAUUAGCAAACCGUGACAGCAAGGCCGAGGAUGUAGCCAAUGAAGAAACCAAACAUGAAGAAUCCGAAACCGUCUCCAGAAAAACAGAAUCUGAGAGACGUCACGACGAAGUUCGAAAGCGCAAGCUGAUGGAAAUGGCAAAGCAGUCUGGCUCAAGACCGGAACUGCUCAAGACUCACAAGGAGCGUGUGGAAGAGCUAAACACAUACUUGUCCAAGCUGAGCGAGCACCACGACAUGCCCAAGAUUGGUCCUGGCUAGCAAUUGUGCAGCGGCAACUUGGAUCUACGGAGUUACUUGAUUUUUCUUAUUCUGGUUGGGGACUUCAUAUUUUUACUAAAUGUACUUUUAUUGCGUCUGAAUAUCGUGUACGUUAUACUAUAUUUUACAUUCAUGAAUCUAAAUCGUAAAAGUGCGGGUCAUGCAAUCUAUCUAAAGUCGUUGGGCUCUAUGGCCGAUGAUGAAAACAUGGUUGCCAUGCAACUGAUAAAAUAACCUUGUAAGAAUUUGUAGCUGAGCUCAAGCAAAGAUAAUGCAGCUUAGGCAAGAAUCAAUGCCAAGGCACCGGCAACAAUGGCUAGGAAUCCAUUGGCGUUUGAGGCGGGAGCGCCGUUCUGCAGAUUGGGGUCCUUGGGAGGAGGGACAGAGGGCUUCACAGGAACCCAAGUCGUUUGAACAGUCACGACGGUUCCAAUACCGUCAAGGACUGUUGUCCUUGUGUGCGUAACAGGUCGCGAAGUUGUGAUAUCGCCGCUGGUAAUCACAGACUCCGUUUCUUGGCUGGAUGAGGGAAUGGGGGCUAGAAAGAAUUAUGGUUAGUAUAUUUGUUACAGGCCAGCAAAGAUAUAUUCAAAGGCCCAAGUAGCGCAGCCUUAGGUUUCUGCACUCCUUUAUGCCAGUCGAUUAAUGAGCUGCCGUUAGUUUCACUUCCAAACCAUGGGAAUGUAAGUGGCCGUGUAAACAUGAAACGGAGGCCCUACACAAAUUCAUGGCAUAUGAUCUUAGAUGGGGCAUAGGUAGUGCGGCAGAAACAGGACAAGGGGAUUACGCAGCCGCAAAUAAACACUCCACAAACGUACUUGAUGUGCUUGAUACAGGCGGGGGCAAGGACGAGGAAGAAGAAGUGGAAGGGAUAGACGUACUGGAGGAAGUAGAGGAAGAAGUAGGGGUUGAAGACGAGGAUGGAAUCGAGGAUGAUGAAAUUAUAGGGCUGCUUGAGCUGAUUGGCGCAGAAGAGUGUGGGAUCGAAGAUGAUGGGAUCACACUUGAUGGUGGGUGUGAAGAGCUGAUAACAGGUGGCGAGGAGGAAGGUGAGCCAGGAGUGACGGUAGUAUAUGAAGUCGAUGUUGUUGUCUGAGUGGUAAUCUCUGUUGUUCUCUCAGCUCCCGGAUUUCCAGGCACUCCAGGGAUUUGGCCUGGUGAUGUGCCUCCAGGCUGGGGAUUAGCACCUGUUCCUGCGACACUGCGGUUCAAAAUGCCGUUGGCGGCUGGGUCUAGGCUGGAGUUAGUAUGGUGGAUUCAAGUGCCGCACAACUGUGUAACUAGCGGACUGACCUUGAGCUCUCUUCUCAAAAGUUUGAAAUUGCUCAUCAUAACCCAUAUCCGCGUGCUCUUCAAUAACCUGAAUAUAGAUUUUCUGUGCGGGCGUCAAGUUGUUGCUCGCCACAAGUUCGUCGUUCGCCUGGGCCUGAUGACUGUGACGACACAUCAUUGUGGGAGGUGCAAAGACGGUGACUCCGGCAAUAAACCCAAGGCAGGUUAAUGCCAUGAGUGUGCACAGAGACGGGCCAUUGCGUCUCGGCUUGUCCAACGGCAGUUGUCCUUCGUUCGUGGUUUCGUUUCGGUGCUCGUGGAGUAGAUUGACCUUUUCUUCUUCCAUAUUCCUCAGUAGUCCUUCUUCGAGAUAGGCAUCUUCAUUUCGAGUGGUUGUCGACAUGAUGGGAUGGCGGUAUGUGCAACAAUGAAGAAGCAACCUUGACUGGGAGGACAGGAGGCGUAUAUAUGGAGGUGUGUGGAAGAGGUAGGCAGAAGGCUCCACCAAAGCAACAGAUCAAUGGGCUUAUUAUUUUCCAAUGGUAAAGAAAAUAAAAUAAAUGUAACAGAAAGAGUCUAGAAUGACAU